AUGACUCAUGGAGAAGAGCUUGUCUCCGAUGUGCACCAGGAUUCUGUUGUUUUAACUUACCUAGAAGGAUUACUAAUGCAUCAGGCAGCAGAGGGAUCAAGUACUGCCAUUGACAAAAAGUCUGCUGGGCAUAAUGAAGAUCAGAACUUUAACAUUUCUGGUCAUGCAUUUCCUACCUGUCAGAGUAAUGGUCCAGUUCUCAAUACACAUACAUAUCAGGGAUCUGGAAUGCUGCAUCUCAAAAAAGCCAGACUGUUGCAGUCUUCUGAGGACUGGAAUGCAGCAAAGCGGAAGAGGCUGUCUGAUUCCAUCGUAAAUUUAAACGUAAAGAAGGAAGCUUUGCUGGCUGGCGUGGUUGACAGUGUGCCUAAAGGCAAACAGGAUAGCACAUUACUGGCCUCUUUGCUUCAGUCGUUCAGCUCUAGGCUGCAGACUGUUGCUCUGUCACAACAAAUUAGGCAGAGCCUCAAGGAGCAAGGAUAUGCCCUCAGUCAUGAUUCUUUAAAAGUAGAGAAAGAUUUAAGGUGCUAUGGUGUUGCAUCAAGUCACUUAAAAACUUUGUUGAAAAAGAGUAAAGCUAAGGAUCAAAAGCCUGAUACCAAUCUUCCUGACGUAACUAAAAAUCUCAUCCGAGACAGAUUUGUAGAAUCACCUCAUCGCAUUGGACAAAGUGGAACAAAGGUCAUGAGUGAACCCUUGUCAUGUGCUGCGAGAUUGCAGGCUGUUGCAAGCAUGGUGGAAAAAAGGGCUAGUCCUGCCACUUCACCCAAACCUAGUGUUGCUUGUAGUCAGUUAGCAUUACUCCUUUCAAGUGAAGCCCAUUUACAGCAGUAUUCUCGGGAACAUGCUUUAAAAACACAAAAUGCAAAUCAAGUGGCAAGUGAAAGGCUUGCUGCUAUGGCCAGAUUACAAGAAAAUGGCCAGAAGGAUGUCAGCAGUUUCCAUCUCUCAAAAGGAAUGUCAAGCCAUCUUAACGGUCAAGCAAGAACAUCAUCGAGCAAACUAAUGACUAGCAAAAGUACGACAUUUCAAAGUCCAAUGGGUAUUAUUCCUUCUUCCCUCAAAAAUGCAGGCUAUAAGAACUCACAGGAAAGAAACAACAUAAAACAAGCUGCAAAUAAUAGUUUGCUUUUACAUCUUCUUAAAAGCCAGACCAUAACUGCACCUAUGAAUGGACACAACCAUAGUGAGAGAGGAAGCAUUUUUGAGGAUAGUAGUACACCUACAACUAUUGAUGAAUACUCAGAUAACAACCCUAGUUUUACAGAUGAUAGUAGUGGUGAUGAAAGUUCUUACUCCAACUGUGUUCCCAUAGACUUGUCUUGCAAACACAGAGUUGAAAAACAAGAACCUGACCAACCUAUUUCUCUGGAUAACUUAACACAAUCCUUGCUGAACACUUGGGAUCCAAAAGUCCCCAACAUAGAUAUUAAAGAAGAUCAAGAUACCUCAAAGAAUUCUAAGCUAAAUUCACACCAGAAAGUGACACUUCUUCAAUUGCUACUCGGCCAUAAGAAUGAAGAAAAUGUGGAAAGAAACAACAGCCCUCAGGAAGUGCAGAGUGAUGUAACAAAAUUCAAUAAACGAAUGUAUGCGAGGACUUCCGUAAUAGAAAGCCCCACCACACAUAGGACUACUCCUGUGAGCACUCCUCCAUUACUUGCAUCUACCAAAGCAGAGUCUCCCAUCAAUCUCUCCCAGCACUCUCUGGUUAUCAAAUGGAACUCCCCACCAUACGCCUGCAGCACUCAGUCUGAAAAACCAAUAAACACCACAUCUAACCACUUGAUGGAUCUUACAAAGAGCAAAGAGUCGCAAGGAGAGAAACCAGUCCCCAAUGAAGGUACACAGAACUCUGCAACUUUCAGUGCCAGUAAACUGUUACAAAAUUUAGCGCAGUGCGGAAUGCAGUCUUCCACUUCAGGGGAGGAGCAGAGACCCAGUAAACAGCUGAGUGUAAAUACAGAUAAACCCAUAGCUAUGAUCGAUAGACUAAGUAGCCCUCUGCUCUCAAAUAAAACGAAUGCAGUUGAAGAAAGUAAAGCCUUCAAUAGUCAGGCAACAGAUUCUGAACCAAGACUUUCUGGUUCUGAAAUAGAAAAUCUGCUUGAAAGGCGCACUGUUCUCCAGUUGCUCCUGGGAAACCCCAACAAAGGGAAGAGUGAAAAGAGAGAGAAAAUUACUUUGAGAGAGGAGAGUACUCAGGAACAUACAGAUAGAGCUUUAAGUGAACAAAUAUUGAUGGUAAAAAUAAAAUCUGAGCCUUGCGAUGACUUACAUAUUCAAAAUACAGAUGUGCACUUGAGCCAUGAUGCUGAGAGUGCCCCAUUCUUAGGUAUGGCUCCCCCCAUACAGAGAAGUGCAACUGCCUUACCAGCUUCCGAGGACUUGAAAUCGGAGCCCCUUUCACCUCAGGAUUUUUCUUUCUCAAAGAAUGGUUUGUUAAGUCGACUGUUGAGACAAAAUCAAGAGAGUUACCUGCCAGAUGAUGUGGACAACAGUCACAGACAUAGUGAACUGACGCUUCUGGAAUCAAAGAAUCUUUGCAUGGUCCCUAAAAAAAGGAAACUUCAUACUGAGCCAUUAGAAAAUCCAUUUAAAAAGAUGAAAAAUAGCAUCCUCGAUGCUGCCAACAGUCAUGGAGCCCCGGAGGUGCUGUAUGGGCCCCUGAUUAACCAGCAAGAGCUGAAAUUUAGCAGAAAUGAUCUUGAAUUUAAAUAUCCUGCCAGUCAUGGUUCAGCCAAUGAAAGUGAACAUAGGAGUUGGGCGAGAGAGAGCAAAAGCUUCAAUGUUCUGAAACAGCUGCUUCUCUCAGAAAACUGCAUGAGAGAUUUGUCCCAGCACAGGAGUAACUCUGUCGUUGACAGUAAAAAGAGAGUACACAAAAAUAAUGUGACCAAUAGCAAACCUGAAUUCAGCAUUUCUUCUUUAAAUGGACUGAUGUACAGUUCUUCUCAGCCCAACAGUCCCAUGGAUAACAGGACAUUUCCAUACCCAGGAGUAGUAAAAACUCCCAUGAGUCCUCCUUUUCCUGACCACUUGGGCUGUGUGGGGUCUAGACCAGAAUCUGGGUGUUCCAUGACCAGUGACAAGGGACCCAUUAAGUGGGUUAUCGCAGACGUGGAGAAGAAUGAGUAUGAAAAAGACUCUCCGAGACUGACCAAAACUAACCCAAUACUGUAUUACAUGCUCCAGAAAGGAGGCAAUUCUGUUACCAGUCGAGAAACACAGGACAAGGACAUUUGGAAGGAGCCUUCAACUGCUGAAAAUGUCUCACAGGUUACAGUCAAAGAAGAGUUACUUCCUGCUGCAGAAACUAAAGCUUCUUUCUUCAAUUUAAGAAGCCCUUAUAAUAGCCAUAUGGGAAACAAUACUUCUUACCCACACAAUGCAAAUGGAGAAGUUUAUGGACUUCUGGGAAAUGUGCUAACGAUAAAAAAAGAAUCAGAAUAA